UUGUUUUUUCUAAAGAAAAUAAUAAGCAGCCGCUAGAUAAAUAUGCGAACCAGUUUUUAAUUACCUUGCUGGCUUACCGGUAAAUUUACCUGGCACUUGUAGGCGUAUGGUUGAGAUUCUCUGGGGCAGACUGGCUUUUUAGCAGGAAGCAGCACCCUUUGUUUUUGGGUGGAGCGUUAGCUGCUAGCCUUUAAAUGUAGCUAAUACUAGCAGCGGGUGCUUUCAGAUAACCGGCUACGGGCACUCACGUGGCUCCAUCUCUGUUGUUUCCCUGCGGCCCGGCUAGCUAACCGCAGCUCGUCUCCUGUCCUCAGCCUGACCCCAUGGAUCCCGGUGGAAGUGAACUGGACUCCAGCCUGCCUCAGCCAGAGAAUCCGUGUUUGAUAGUGGAGGACUCCCAGCCGGACAGUGUCGCUUUGGAAGACGAUCCCGAAAGCAGCUACCGAGCUUUGCUGGCCCGCCGCCUGUCCAGCCUGCAGCCCACCGCUCGCAGUCCGGUACUGGAAUUGAUAUCUUCACCAAUAGGAAGCAGGUGCUCUCAGACUGACAGCCAGUCGGAGAGCAACAACCAGGCUGAACCCGAUGGUCUUGCUGCAGCCAACCCCAGUUCAGCAUUCCAGGAGGAGAGUCAAGUUCUAAACAUCUGCCCUCCUCCAAACAAGAAAAAGUGUGUACCAGAGGACACUGACAUGGAUUCUGGGGCUGAUUCUACCACACACUGUAUUCAGGCUGAUGUUUCAGGGGGAUCUUCUCAGUUUGGUUUUCUCGAGCUUUCUCAGACUCAGGAUCUGUGUGCUGAAGCGCUGAACAGUCAGGAGGAAGAUGGUGAGAGAUGCAGAAAAUUAGAGCAAAACAUCAGUUCCAGAACUUCAGAGAGUCAAGACAACAAAGUGCUAAGGUCUGAGGUGAGCUCCAGCAGCUCAUCAGAGUCUUUGGGUCAGUCAGGCAGGCAGCUGAGUGUCCAGGUUCUGCUGCACUCUCAGAACCUGCAGGCCUCUGCUGAGCAGGACCAGCAGGACUGUGAGAUCCUGUCCUCACAGGAUGAUCUGUUUGAUGCUGAUAAGACAGGUGCUGCAGUGGACAGUACAGUAUCUGAGCCGGAGCAGCAGGGUCACCCCACCCCGACGCCAGCCCACACCCUACAACUGCUGCAUCUCUCAGGACAGGGAACACUGGUGCAGGAGAGUCUGUCCCAGAGCUCUGUUGAUUAUGUUGCCCCAACCCCAGACAACUUUAGCCAUACUCCUUUAAUAGUUCCCAGCUCCCCAACUGAACCAGAGAAUGAACAUGGUGCUGAUUCGCAGAUGGACACGUCGUUGCCCCCAGAUGACAGGGAGGCAGGGGAAAAGGAUGAGCCAAUGGAAACUGAGGCUGCCUCUAAGCCACAACCAUCUGCAUCUACUCCCGUAUCCCAGAAUUCACCUGGUUUUGUGUUAGAGCGAACUCUCUCUGUACCCUCCCAGCCAGAGUUUUCUCAUGACGUAUUUGUUCCGACACAGAGCCAAGAGGCACCACGACAGACAGAUGAAAAGUCAGCAUCAUUGCCUUGUGAGACAGAGUCUCAUCAUCUGGAGUCAGCUCCUUUCACCUUGCCUUUGCAGCUCUCUGUAAACACAGAGAGCAGUAGCUCUCAUCAGCACACCUCUGAAAGGAUUGAGGAGGACAGCCAAGCCACACAGAUCGAGGAACUUGAGGAGCCGCCCGGCGUUGACACCAGCGACUCUGUGAUUUCAUGUCGUGAUCAGAAAAAUGAGAGUAAAGCCGUCCUAUCUGAGUCACAAGCUGCCACCAGUUCCAAAGCGUCCUCCUCUGCUGAAUCACCGAAGCGCCAUAUUGAAUGUGCUGAGAUUGAAUCGACCAAUCUGGCCCAAAAAGCAACUGUUUCGUUGAAUGUAAAAAAUGUGAAUGUAAAAGAUGUGAAGAGUGACAGCAAAGAUGCUGGCUGUGCUGACAUAGUAUCUUGCUCGCAGACAAAGUUUGAUUCAGCUGAUCUGACAGGUAAAAGCUGUGUGCAGGAGACUCCGUCAGACACUACGCCCUGCAGUCUUCCUUCACAGUCCAUGAUCUCUCAAACAUCUGCUGUGGAUGCAGUAAAGACCUCUGUAGACUUGACAGAAGGAACUGUGAAGAAUCAGUUUGUGGAUUCAUUGUCAAAGCAGCAUGAGGUGAUUGGUAACAGCCAGACAAACAAAAAUACAAUGGAUAAAUGUGAGCAAGGUGAAGAGGAGGAUCAGGAGGUGGCGAUGGAGGUGGAGAACACAGAGGGUGCCCCGGGAAUGGCUCUGGUUCUCUCCGAGAGCCAGCUGUUGUCACCUGAACCCAUGGAGGAGGAGAGUGAAGAUGAGAAAGAGGACAGCGUCAUCUUUGUAACAGACAGUGAGAGAGACUCCCAGAAAGAUGUGGCUUUGCAGUCAAAGACCAACAGUUCUCAGCCAGUCAGAGGCCAAGUGUCAGUCUCCACCAAUGGCCAUGAAACCCAGGCUCAGGACAAACCGGUGAACUCGGCUCCCGAUCGGCUGUCCCAGACUGAGAGGACGGGCUGUGAACCAGAGGCCCUCAAAGACAAGAGCCUGAGCGAUAGCUCGGGAGAAAUUUCAUUCCACUUCACACUUCCUAAAGAAGGGGAGUUGAUUGGUCCUGUUGUCGGUGCCACACCGCCCCUAAUCAACCAGCUGAAGCAGACGCUGAGACACAGCACUCCUAUCGAGAUCACCUCAUUUUCUGAAAAGGCAGAUGUGGUGGGUGACGUCUCUGCAGAUGUGGUGAUGGCCAGUAGUGAUAUUGUUUUGGGUGGAAGUGCUGAUGACACAGCUGAAAAAAGUGAUGGGAAGCUGAGUUUGAGGAUGAAGCUGGUGACACCUGUUGAAGAGGGCAACUCGGAGCGUUUCAGCCUGCAGAAGCCAACACUAUCAGAAGAGGAUGGAUCUGUCACCAGGGUUACUACUGUUUCCCAGGCCGUAACCAGCAGUCCGUCGGUGUUCUCGCGGGUCAGGCAGGUGCACCGGCAGCAGGAGACGGAGGAGGACAGCCAGCCUGGAGCUAACACUACACUUGUCAGGGGGGAACUGUUUGCCUCACCACAGAGGAGCUCCCAGGCUCCCGCAUCAGAAUGCAACAGUCUACCUAAAAGCCAGGACGCAUUGACAGCACCUCAGCGGAACCAGCGGGGUACCCUCCCCCCUGCUGAGCCGGCUGAGGACAGGCAAGGACUGCUGGAAGCUCAAGAGCCGACCUCCCCAAACAGCACAACAGUCAGGCAGAAGGGGAUUUCCCAGCAGACCUCUGAUAACACCAUCACCUCCCCUCCGUCCAGCAAGGUACAUCAGCGCACAGUCUCCCAGCAGACCAGCUUUGAUGCACCGGGGUUCCGCUCCCCAGCUGGCAGGGGUGAGCCCGAGUCUCCGUCCUUUAGAAGAACCACUGUCCCGUCUCAUCGCAGACAUGUGCGCACCAUCCAAGAAGUGCGGACCACCAUCACACGGAUCAUUACAGAUGUGUAUUAUGAGGAUGGCAAAGAGGUGGAUCGCAAAGUCACUGAGGAGACUGAGGAGCCCGUGGUGGACUGUCAGGUUUUGGAUAGCGAUAUCUCCCCAUGCCGCACAGGCAGCAGUUCUAUGACCUCUGGUGACCUAGGUGAUAUCAGCUCUCUUUCGUCCAAGGCAUCCAGCCUGCAGCACAGUUCUGGGGGAACCAGCAGCAGUACUGGCCUCACCAGGCCAGACUUCAUCAUCCCAGCCAGCAGAGGGGGCAAAUCCAUUAGUCCAAGGAGGGGAGGUGGGCAUCAACAGAGGGGUCACAGGGGUCACAGGGCAGGGUCAGUGGUCACAAUGAACAGAGGCUACAGCACGCUGGGGUCCCGGGCCUUCGUCCCGCUGACCCCGAGAGGAAGGGCUAGAAGGGGCCGACCCCCAUCCCGCUCCUCCCUGUCCAGGGGAGGAGUGGGUGGCUCGCUGCGGAGACUCGGAGCUCACAGCCAGCCACAGUCGUCCUCAGAAGAUGAGCCUUACAGCCGGAUGCUUCCCCCGCGCUUCCCUGUCAGCCCCACGGACCCCGAGCUGCCCAGCCACUCAGACUCCCUCAGGUCUUCGCCAGAGGUGGCAAGUUCAGCUGGAAGCAGCUUUGUCGGCCUGCGAGUGGUGGCUAAAUGGUCAUCCAAUGGCUACUUCUACUCUGGUCGCAUCAUCAAAGACGCGGGUGAGGGGAGAUUCCGCCUACGGUUUGAUGACGGCUAUGAGUGUGAAGUGGCUGGGAAGGAUAUCCUGCUGUGUGAUCCCAUCCCACUGGAGACGGAGGUCACUGCUCUGCUGGAAGACGAGUACUUCAGCAUAGGUGUUGUUAAGGGCCAUAAGACAGAGGGCCAGGAACUGUUCUACAGUGUGGAGAAGGAGGGUCAGAGGCAGUGGUACAACAGGACAGCGGUCAUCCUGUCGCUGGAGCAAGGGAACAAGCUGAGGGAGCAGCACAGCCUUGGGCCUUAUGAACCCACUACUCCCCUGGCCAAGGCCUCCGACAUCAGUCUGGAUAACUUGGUUGAGGGGAAGAGGAGACGCAGAGGAACCCCUGGGGGUCAGAACACUCCCAACCGCAAUUCAUCCAGCAGCCCACGGACCCCGGGAACCUCCGGCAAGAGGAAGCUGAUGAUCUCUGAGGACCACCGAGGGCCGGCCAAGAGAGGGCGCAGGGGGGCAGGGGCCAGAGCUGGUCAGCGGGUCGGUAUGUGUAACACCUCCGGCAGCGGCACCGAUGCCCCGGGUCAGUCUAGAGACGUGGCAGAGACUCACGGUCCGCUGCCCCAGAACACGUCCCUCUUUAUGGGCUUCGCCUUCAUGUUGACCGCCUCGUCUGAGAGCGACCGACUGACCAACAAGCUCACAAGCGACAAUGAGGAGGAAUAUGUGGAGACGGGUCCAUAUAACAAGGCAUACACAGAAUCCCAGCUGCAGGCAGGUGGAGGCUUCAUCCUGCCAGACUUCAAUGAAGAGCAGUGUAAGGCAGCCUACCAGAGCCUUCUCAUCGCAGACCAGCACUGCCGUACCAGGAAGUACCUGCUGUGUUUGGCCAGCGGCGUGCCAUGUGUGUCACAUAUAUGGGUGAGAGACUGCUGCAAAGAGAACAAGCUGCUCAACUACAGGAACUACCUGCUGCCUGCCGGCCUGGGGCCAGACGAUGCCAUAGUAGAGUGGCACCCCCGCUGCAGCCCGUUUAAGGGCCUGCGGGCCCUUCUGGUGUUUGAGAAGCCCGUGGACCUCUGGGCCCAGCUGAUCACCUUGGGUGGAGGUUCCUCUGUCCGGCAGUUCCAAGCAGACAAGGACAACUCUGACAUUCCCGCUGGCAAGUAUGACCUUGUGGUGACAGACCAUGCCUGUCCGCCGCUGGUCGAGAAAAGUGCGAUAUCACAGGAAGUCCCGCUGGUGUCUCCAGAGUGGCUCAUCCAGAGUGUCGUCUGCGGGGAGCGCCUGGCUUUCGACAGCAAGCCUGAGUUUUGCCACGACUCGUCCUCUUCAUAAUCUGACCCCACGUGCAAAAUGCCUUUGACCAAGCUAAAUGUUGAGCGUUAGUUCUGUUGCAUGCCUCUGCUGUAUAUAACUUGAUCCUGUCUGUUUUUAUGGGAUAAUAAAUUGUGACCCUUGUUUCAUUUUAA